ACAAGUAGUGCUCCACACAAUGAUAACCACAAUUUGGGAGAAGACCUAUUGAAGUCAUGGAUAUGGACAAAUCGGUUGUAGGCAAUAAAAUAGAUUUACAGAUUACACAGGUUCCUUGAAGGUCUAGAAUUGUGUUAUUCUCAGCCUCAGGCCUCCCGUAGGCGUCUGCACCUGCCACCUCAUCACUGCUCAUCAUCAUCAUCAACUUCAUUCAUAAAAUCUCACCGGCGUCGUCGUCCUGCAGUGACCCUGUGAAGAUACUCUGCUGCUCGCGAGACUUAAAAGUUUGAGUGUCUCUCAUGCGUCUGCGAUUAAUGUGCAGCGACAUCUUUAACAGCACCGUCAGCUGAAGAAGUAGGUGUGAGGUGAUUAAGACACCUGUCAGCGUCAUCAGUUGGUUUUUUCUUACAAACGAUGUGACUGCACUGACAGGGAAACAUUAAUCAAACAUUUAAACCAGCUGCAACCUGCAGGAGAGCACAACGCUUAAAGUAAGAGAGUUCAACAAUGUCUCUACUAGUCACGUUGCUUUUGCUGUCGCUGGUUUCUCAGUGUUGGACUGCUCCACAGAGGAGAAACUGGACUUCUCAGGCCAUCCUAUACCUGAAAGGAGCACAGGGACGCCGCUCAUUUUUGGAACGUGCCAGAAGAGAGGAAGAAAACACUUUUCACUCAGGGACUCACAAGCAGAACAGAGAUGGCCGAGGAUCAUCUUUGCUUUUAUCCAUUUUACUGGAACUCCUACAGCGAGCUGUAGAAGAAGAUGCAGGCAAUCCAGAUAAUUACCUGGACUAUCAGGAGGUGAAUAUAACCCACUUGUGAACAUUCAUCAGAGCCCACUUCUAUGUUUUUCUGUUUCUUAUGUUGCUUGUUAUAUUUUAUUGUUAUUGUUGAUUUUUGUCUGCGUGUCACAAAUUUGAUAUAAAUAAA